AUGACGAAAUUUAGUUGGAUCAGACAUAGAUCCCUAGUGAACCAUGAGAGUUUUCCACCUGAGGCACACGGUGUUGAAGCUAGUUUUGCCCCAUCCAUCUUGGUCCUUCAAAGUAAAUCAGCCAUAAAACUAUGUAAAAAGGCCAAGCUCGUCAAGGUCAAGCUCGAGGCCCUCCACCGCUCCAACGUUGCCAACCAGAGCCUCCCCGAAUGCGGACCUGGUUCGUCCUCGGACCGGACCUGGACCUCCGUCGUCAACAGACUCAAGAAGAAGCUCAAGGACUCCAUGGACAGCUUCAAUGGCCUAAGGCAACAGAUCUCGUACGAGUACUGGGAGACCGUACAGUGGAGGUACUUCACUGUCACCGGUGAAAAUCCUAAUGAGAAGACCGUUGACCUUCUCAUCUUUACAGGUGAGAGUGAGAGAUUCUUGCAAAGAGCCAUUCAAGAGCAAGGCAGGGGUAGAGGUUUGGACACCAUUAAUGAAAUUCAGGAAAGGCACGAUGCUGUGAAGGACAUGGAGAAGAAUGUGAAAGAGCUGCACCAGGUGUUCCUGGACAUGGCCGUCUUGGUCCAGGCCCAAGGGGAGCAAUUGGACGACAUCGCCCUCCACGUGGAGAGAGCUCAUUUGUUCGUGAAGGAUGGAACCCAUGAGUUGCAGACUGCCAGGGCGUACCAGAAAAACACCCGGAAAUGGACCUGUUAUGGCAUUUUGCUUCUGCUGCUGAUCAAUGUGGUCGUGUUGGUGCUCCUUAAGAAAUUCAAUGUCAUUUAG